CCCGCGUCCCCCGCAGAUUUACCCCAAAUGCCCCGGUAGUUUCUUUGUCCGCUUAGGCUAGUAUGAGUCCGGGGAGCCAGGGAGACUUGCCCUCGUUGUUUGCGAGGAAACCUCUAUGGAAAACGGACACCGAGCCAGGUUUCUGUUGACGUAGAAGAAAACAUGGCAUGAUUAAACACAACCCCGUGGAGUUACCCCGGACUGAGCACAGAUAUUCUGGGGCAAAGACAGGUAGAUCCAGGGUAUAAGAGCUGAUCUGACGCCUUUCAGUCUCAUCUUUUGCAACUCACAGACUCUCAGCAGUCAAUUUUCAUCUCUUGCUGCCCACUGCUCACCAUCCUGGAUCCUUCACGUCAUCUCAACUCUACAAAGACAAAGACCGAAAUGGCUCACGAGAAGAAGCACGACUUGGACCUCGAGUCUAAGCCCAACGACAACUUCGUUGAGAUGUCGACUGAGGAUGAGAAGGGCGGCGUGUUGCAGCCUGGAGCUGAUUACUCUGGUGCUGUGGCAAAAACAAGCGCAGAGGAGAUUGCUCUUGUCAGGAAGCUUGACUUUAGAAUCAUGCCGACACUUUGGUGCAUGUACUUCCUGAACUACCUCGACAGAAAUGCAAUCGCCCAGGCUCGUCUGGAUGGCCUCGAGAAAGAUCUAGGUCUCCAGGGCUCGCAAUACAACACUUGCAUCUCAAUUCUCUUCGUUGGAUACCUCCUCAUGCAAAUCCCAUCCAACAUGCUCAUGUCCUCGAAACACGUCCGACCAUCCGUCUACAUGGCAAUCUGCAUGAUGGCGUGGGCCCUCGUCUCCGGCUGCACCGCCCUCGCAAAGAACUACACCCACCUCGUCAUCGUCCGCUUCUUCCUCGGCGUGACCGAAGCUCCCUUCUACCCAGGCGCCAUCUACAUGCUCAGCAUUUUCUAUACACGUAAAGAAAUUGCCACCCGGCUCUCUAUCCUUUACUCGGGAAACAUCUUUGCCACGUCUUUCUCGGGUCUCAUCGCCGCUGCUGUGUUCAACACCAUUGAUGGGAACCACGGGUUGAAGGGAUGGCAGUGGUUGUUCAUCAUCGAGGCGUGCCUUACCUUUGGCGUCGCCGUCAUUGGCAUUUUCACACUCGCUGAUAGCCCUCUAACGACUCGCUGGUUAAAGCCUGAAGAGCGCCAGCUUGCUCACGACCGUAUGUUGAGAGAUACUGUCGGUCUUCAAGAGAGCAAGGGUGCCAAGGCGGGCUUCAUGCAAGCCGUUCGCGACCCUCGUCUCUGGCUCCUUUGCUUCAUCCAGAACAUGCAUCUCUCUGCCUGCAGCUUCAACAACUUCUUCCCCACCGUCGUCGGCUCCCUCGGCUUCAAUGACACAAUCACCCUUGUCCUCACCUGUCCGCCGUACCUGAUCUCCGGCAUCUUUGGCUACCUCGUCGGUAUCUCUUCCGGAAAAUACAACGAGCGAACCUGGCACAUCACAGCGUGCAUGGGCAUGGCUAUUGUCGGUUUCGUCAUCUCGUGCGCCACUCUCAACACGCCGGCACGCUACAUUUCCUGCUUUCUCUUUGCCUCGGGAGCGUACGCUGUCAACUCGUGUAUUUUGGGCUGGGUUUCGGCGACACUGGGAUCCACGCAAGAGAAGAAGGCUGUUAGUCUGUCUAUUGUCAACGUUAUUGCUAAUGCGUCGUACAUUUACACCGCUUACUUGUACCCCAAGAGCGAUGGGCCUCGGUAUCUUACGGCCAUGUCGAGCAACGCUGCUUUCGCGUUUGCUUGCAUUGCUGGUACCUGGGCGUUGCGUUUCUGGUUGGUCUCUACGAACAAGAAGAUGGGCGCCAGCGGCACCAAGUAUGCCUAUUAAAGGCCGGGGAAAUGGAUAUCCCACAUUAGCGAGAGCUUGUUCCGGUGGAACUCUUUAAUAGACAAACAUGACAAGGGCGAUUGUACCCAAAUGUAUCAUAGGACGAUGAUGAAUGUUGCACCUACACCAUGCUCCAUCGGGCAUGUCCUUGUUCCAUUUCUAGCCUGACCGAUAAUCUCAAGUUGUC